CAUAUCACGCUUACCAUAAAGCACGUGUAUGUAGCAUUCAUCGCAAGCAUCAUCUUUUUUAUUAAUCUUGGGACAUAUUAGUUAAAAAAUCAUGUACAUAUAAUAUUUAAAUCAUUUGGUUGUAUCGAAUUUGAAGAUUAUUUUUAUUUUUUUAUUCAAGAAACUAGAGUGUAAUUUAAAUCUUGAUCAUGGAAUUUAAGAAGCCUAAUCGAUCUAGUAGCUGCACAUGGGAGUUAAACGCAACAAAUUCACCACAUACAUGUAGAAUGGAAUACGUCAUCGUCAUACUCAGUGAAAAGAUAGAAGAAAUGGCGACCGUACCAAGAUACUUCCUGAUAUUUUAACUACUAUUGGGCAAACUCCACUUAUAAAAUUAAAUAAUAUCCCAAAAUCUUGUGGGAUUAAAUGUGAAAUGUUUUACUUUUAGAUGUAAAAUGUGAAUUCCUUAAUCCUGGUGGUUCUGUGAAAGACAGAAUCGCAUAUAGGAUGGUGCAGGAUGCAGAAGAGAAAGGUUUGCUAAAGCCAGGAUAUACCAUCAUCGAACCUACAAGUGGUAAUACUGGGAUUGGUUUGGCAAUGGUUGCUGCAGUUAGGGGAUAUAGAUGCAUUAUUGUUAUGCCAGAAAAAAUGUCUGAUGAGAAAGUGUCAACACUUUAUGCACUUGGCGCUGAAAUUGUUCGAACCCCAACAGAAGCAAGUUGGGAUAGUCCAGAAGCUCAUAUCAGCGUUGCACAAAAAUUACAAACAGAAAUACCAAAUAGCAUUAUUCUUGAUCAGUAUACUAAUCCUGGAAAUCCAUUGGCUCAUUAUGAUCAAACUGCAACUGAAAUUUGGAAGCAAUGCGAGGGGAAAUUAGAUUAUGUAGUAGCUGGUGCGGGCACUGGUGGUACUGUUUCAGGUAUUGCGCGAAAACUGAAAGAAUUAUCACCAGAUAUAAAAAUCAUUGCCGUAGAUCCCAAAGGAAGUAUUUUAGAUCCUGAAUCGCAAGAUUCAGAAGUUGGUUUUUACGAAGUAGAAGGAAUUGGGUAUGAUUUUGUACCUACAGUGUUAGAUCGUAACGUAAUCGAUAAAUGGGUAAAAACCGAGGAUUACGAAUCAUUAAAUGCCGCUAGAAUGCUUAUACGUGAAGAAGGUUUACUAUGUGGCGGUAGCAGCGGCUCUGCGCUUAUAGCUGCCCUAAAGAUAGCUAAAGAUAUUCCCGAAGGAAAACGUAUAGUUAUUGUUUUACCCGAUGGAAUACGAAAUUAUUUAACUAAAUUUGUAUCCAACCACUGGAUGGAAACCAGAGGAUUUUUGCAAGCUACAUGUCAAAUUGAAACAAAUAAGUGGUGGUGGAAUAUGAAAGUUUCAAAUUUAUCUUUUGAUAAACAAUCUUUGUUGAAGGAAAAUACAGUAACAUGUCAAGAAGCUAUUCAAAUGAUUAAAAAUACGGAUGUACAACUACUGCUUAUUAGCGAUAAUGAUAUACAUAUAAAAGGUGUCAUUAGUUUGAAUAAAAUUUUGUCAAACAUAAUAUCUGGUGCUGUAAACUAUACAGACUUUGUAGAAAAGACUAUGGUUAAACAAUAUGUUAAAGUUAAGUAUUCAGCAUCUCUUGGCUAUUUAUCACGGAUUCUUGAAAAAGAACCGUAUGCGGUAAUUUUAGAUGAUGAACGCGAUGAUGCUUUUGUUGGAAUCAUAAACCAAUUUCAUAUUUUGAAUUUUAUUACUAAAAAUAAUGGAUACAACAUCUAAUAAUUAUUCGAUGUAUCAGUUCUUAAACAUUAACAUACAAUCGUUAAACCACUUUUAAGACUAUCUUACUCGUUUGUUUCAUUAUAAUUAUGUUUUUCAUAGUUUUUAUUUUUAUUACACUCUGUGGCUACAAAUAAAAUUGGAUGUAUAUACUUGGAAACUUAUAACUAGCAUCUCCAGUUAUUUUAUGCAUUUAAAUUAAAUAUUAUACAAUGCAUUUAAAGUAUAUAGAUACUCAUUUUGAAAAAAAUGUGAAACUUAUUAUAUGAUUAAUUUUACAUACUUGUAGAAAAAAAAUUACAUAUAUAUAUAUAUAUACUUUUAAUAAAUAAAUCCUUAUAAAAAUUAUUUUGCAUUAAAAUAUACGGUUUAUGAUACUUCAAUCAAGUGUACAUUUUAAAGCACUACCUGUUGUUGCAACUAGACGAAACGUAUAUUCUGAUUCUUUGAUUUUUAUGAAAAACCUAAUCGUUAGAUAUUAUUUCGUAAUAUGUAUUAACUUUUAUUGAACAUGAUUUUGCAUUGUAUUUACGAGCAUUAAAUUCUUUGAACUUGUACAUGAAAUUUACAACUUGGUAACGUAGAAAUUUCUGCAUUAACGGUACUAAUAAUUCCGAGAUUAGCUAAACUUCCUCUUAAAAGACCACAAGUAAAUGUCAAUAAACGUGGACUUUCUCGAA